CUGUCAUUGGUUGAAGUGACUUGCGCUUUGUGGGAUUACAGCCGAUGAAAAAGCUGAUUCUUUUUACAAACCAAUAGUUUUAUUUGAAGACCCAUGAAAAUAAUCUUGAAGUCUUUUCAAAUAAAUUCGUCACCUGGUAUACGGCUUAAGAAUUUAACGCACUUGUAAACUUUUUUAAUAGAGACUGAGUAACUGAGUGUGCGCGUCUGAAUUGGACGUUAUUUUAUUCUAACGUUAAAAAUUUAACAUUUUUAAAUUCAGAGCAUUUUUUAAGUUAAAAGUUUGUCAGUUUUUUCAGUAAAAUAAUUUAUUUGUAAAAUCAAUAACUCAGUGAAUUUAUUACAGUGAAUUAUCAAACAUUUAUUCAAAUUUUUAAAAUUAAUUUCAAAAAUUUUCUGACGAAAACGUACAAAACUAAUCCAUUAUUUUACUGUAAAUCACUUAAAUAAUUAGUUUAAUUUAUUAAAAUAUAUAUUUAUUAGUAAAUUUUAUAUUUAUUUAUUUAUUAAAAGUAUUAUAAAAGUAAACUUAUAUUUAAAGUUUCUCGAAUCUUCUAAGUCAACCGCAACGCGAAGCUCAAGAUUUUAAGACUGAACUCUAGAUAUUUUAAAUAAAUAUAUUAUUUUUAUAAAUUUAUUUAUUCAUAUACUCGUGCAGUUUUUUUGAAUAACGUGAUUUAUUAAGCUGAUGAAAUAGAAUUUUAUUAAAUCUAUUAGUAAUAUUGCAUCACUUUACAAUCUUGACACCUACCUCACUGGAGAAUCAUUUGAUAUUUAUUAAUUUAUUAAAAAUAUACUUUACAUACCGUGCUAGCCAACUGGGUCAUUCUUCGUGGUGUGACUAGUUAUCCAGCAAAGAAGCUUAUAAUUAACAAGUUGGUAACAAAUACUGACUUUAUUGCUGAAUUUUGCUGGUCACACGUCGCAGGAAUGGACACUACAGGCUCGUCGGCACCGGUUACCAUCCACUCACUUCUUGAACAACUCCAAGAAGCUCUGGUACUUGAAGUUAAGUAUCAGCCUAAUUUACAACUUCCAGCCAUCACCAAAAAUGACGAGGUUAUAAUAACUGAAAGAAAUGGCUCGGCACACGUUUUAAGAUGCCUUAAAGUCUGGUACGAUUUACCAUCAGAUGUAUUCUUCAUAGCGAUGAAUUUGAUGGAUCGUUUUCUUACUAAAAUGAAAGCUCAACCAAAGCACAUGCCCUGCAUCAGGGUAUCAUCAUUUUACAUAGCUGCCGUCCAAAUGUCACAGACAAUCGAUAUGGAUCAUCUUGUUUCGAUUUCGCAAUAUAAAUUUACCCGCGGCGAUCUUAAACGUAUGUCGGAUGUCAUCAGCAAUAAAUUGGAAUGGGCACCUGGAACUACGCCUAUCACAGCUCUUACUUUCUUACGUCUUUUUCACGUCAUGUUCCAUGCAGCGGCGUCACAAUUAGGGCUCGGUGAACUCUAUGCCAGCAUUGUUACGGAGUCUGAACUUGUAUUGAGGCUUGAAAUGGUAGCUUGCAAUGUAGAAUGUGCAAACUUAAGACCUUCUGAAGUAGCUUUAGUGCUUCUCUGCACAUAUCUGGAUUCUGCAGUUAAUCGUUUGAAAUCUAAUACCGAAACAUCAAUGUCUUCAGUAGCUGGUUCAAGUUCAUCGUCUGUUGACAUGACUCAGACACCUGCGCAUCAAAUUUUAAGACUUGUUGAAUUUGCCUCUGAACUUCAAAAAAUAUGCCGGAUUUCAGAUGAAAGUUUUUUUUCUACACAUGAAAGAGUUGGAGCGAUAUUAAGCAAAUAUAAUGCACAAGAACAAAUACCAUACAGACAAAGAUUUGUUUGGCGUUUAUCAUCAAGAACAGUAAGACUUUUGCGUCCAACAGAUAAAUUUAUUUCAAAUCUCCCGGCAAUCGCUGAAAAUGCUCCAAUACCUUCACCAAGUAGAGUCAGAUCGGGUUAUAGAAUUAAUAGGCGCCAUGACAUGAAGAGACGUUAAAUACUCAAAGUAACUGGAUAAAAAUACAAAAAUAAUUUAUAAAAAGUACAAACAGCUUCUAAUUCGGCAUUUACCGCAUGUUGAUACCACAAUACAUUUAUUGAUGUUACGUCAAAAUAAUUGUUGCUGAAAGUUGUGAGUUAAUUUCUUUAAAAAUUUAAUGGCCUUUAUAAUUCAAUUUACGUUCAUGCGAGCAUAAUAUUAAUUAAUAAUGAAAAAAAA